UGUUCUUGCCUCGCAGCGCUGUUGUUUGCAGAUGUUCAUUAGCAUUUGGAUAUAACCUUCCGCCAGCCGGCUCCGCCCCCUGUGCUUUCAUUGGACACACUGUUACUGGAGCUGUCAGCUCGGCUCUGGGAAGGUUUUCUCUCAGUCCAGUGUUGAGCUACAGACCGACGGGCUGACUGCUGCCAGCGACAGGCUCCUUGCCUUUGUUAGCUGCCUUGGAAAGCACCAAGAAAAGACAGAGCCGCAUCCAUGCAGUAGCAUACCUUUUUUGGAAAAUGAUCAUCUGUACGAAUAAAAUGGAGUACCCCCUAAGAACCCAGUGCCAGCGAGCCCACAAACAGGCGAUGGUGAACGGUGAGAACGAGCGCGUGUCGCUGCUGUUCAUGAAGGCUCUGGUCAGCAGGGAGAGUGUGGACCCCAUGUCCCAGCAGAUGGCCUCGCACCCUCAGUACUUGGAGAGCUUCCUGCGCACACAGCACUACAUCCUGCACAUGGACGGCCCCCUGCCGCUGCCAUACCGCCAUUACAUAGCAAUCAUGGCUGCAGCACGACAUCAUUGCAACUACCUGGUGUACUUGCACUCAGCCCAGUUUCUGAGGGUGGGCGGGGACCCUCUGUGGUUGCAGGGUUUGGAGGCGGCACCCCCUCGCCUUCGUCUCCUUGACCAUAUCAACAAGGUGCUGGCCCACCAACCCUGGAUUACUGCCUGCUCACAUAUCCAGACGCUGCUGAAGUCGGGCGAGCAGUGCUGGUCUCUGGCUGAGCUGGUGCAGGCGGUGGUGAUCCUGGCCCACUGCCACUCCCUCUGCAGCUUUGUGUUUGGAUGCGACACAGACUCAGACUUAGUCCCUCUUUCCAAAUCUCCUAACGGUACCCCGCCGACCUUCUGCCCCUUUGAUGCUGCCAACGGAAACACCAAAGUGCCUCAGACACUCGCCACUCCCUCAGAACACAUAACAAGACGACGGUCUCUGGACUCCAGUUGUGACAUGGUGUGUCUAAAGGAGAGGAUUCAGAAGUCCCAGGAGGAGCGUGAGAAGAGAGAGGAGCGUCUGCUGCUGCAGACCCACACGCUCCAGCAGACAGAUUUGGAAGAAGAGGAGGAGACGAUUUGCUUUGCAGACCCGACGCGUUUUAUCACAGACCCUGACUUUUGCUAUCAGGAGUUUGCUCGUAGGGAGGAGGACCACUUUCAAGUAUUUAGAGUUCAGGACUACUCAUGGGAGGACCAUGGCUUCUCCUUAGUCAACAGAUUGUAUUCGGACAUCGGGCACCUCUUGGACGACCGAUUCAGGAGUGUGACCACCCUCCCCUCGUUGCACAGCCCCGACCUGAGAAGGGCGAUAUGGAACUACAUCCACUGUGUGUUAGGAAUACGGUAUGACGAUUAUGAUUACGGAGAAGUGAACCAGCUGCUGGAGCGGGAUUUGAAGUUGUACAUCAAGGCUGUGGCCUGUUUUCCUGAUGCCACCAAAACUCCAGUGUGUCCUCUGAGUUGGGCUCCACUUAAAACUUCUGAACGGAUACACGUGAAUUUACUAAUCAUGGAGGCCCGGCUGCAGGCUGAGCUGUUAUACGCUCUGAGAGCCAUCACUCAGUACAUGAUUGCCUAAGUGCUCGGAGAGACACAAAGCUAAAACUUUCCGCCGGUACAGAGAGACCCAGAGACACGAGGAUAAAGAAAUCUCAACAGCAGGCCGCAAAGUGGGACGAGAGCGGCACUUUUAAGGACACAGAGCUCUGUCGUUGUGUAGCUGUGCCUCAUGAAUGUGCUAUUCUUUUUCCCAGAGUUAAUGUAUUUAUACCAUUGUGUGCCACAUCCACUCCUCGCCCCUUCUGCAGAUUCUCUUGUCGUCAUCUUAUCAAACAUCUCGGCUCUCAAAGGUUAUGUGCAAUUUACAAGAGUUGUUUUAAUUUUUACCUGUUUGUUUUGUGUUCUAGCUCUUGUCUGUGAGAAACUGCUUAGUUGUAGCGGUGUGUUUCAGUGGCCAAUCCUUUUUAUUUUGAUCAGUCUCCUUUUUGGAUUAACUAUGCCCCCCCCC